CAGCAGGAGGCGCUGAGCGCAGAGGCGCAGAAGGAGUUCACGCGCAGAGUGAGACGCGGCUGCGCUUUCAAACCGCCGCGGUUUGUUGUUUCUCCUCUGGGGCUGGUGUGUGUUAGUUUAUCAGUCUCUGGAGUGGAAACCACGACAACAGCACUAACAAACAGGUUGCACGAUGCUGGAGCCGGCACAGAUCCGUCGGAGAGGCGCUCAGGACUUUGAGGGUUUCUAUGAUCAUGUGUGUGCGUCUCAAGGAUCAGCUCCUGUCCGUGCGGUGAAGGCCAGCCUGAGUCGAGGGAUGUUAGAUUUUAACCCUGAUCCCAUCAGUCUAGCGGACUGGAUGCCCAUUCUGUCAGCCCUGGCCAUCAACAAACACCUCCAGCAUGUCGCCAUCAAGAGCUCUUACCUCACCAGCACUGGAGCUCAAAGUUCGUACAAGGCUCAUAAUAAGAAGAAGACUCCUGUGAUUCAUUCCAAGAAUAUGACGCUUCAGUUGUGUAAGGCUGUGCAGAAGUGCCUGUGUGAGUCCAGCAGCCUGAAGAGCCUUCAUCUGCACGGUUUGCCAUUGAGAGAGCGGGAUCUCAACGCGCUCACAAAGGGUUUAGCUAAGAGUGUGUCAUUGGAGCAUCUCUCUUUAGCACACUGUCCGAUCGCAGAUCAAGGUUUGGAAGUCAUUUGUCAGAGUGUGAAAUAUUCAUCAACGAUUAAGACUGUGGAUUUCACUUCCUGUAACAUUACCUGGCAAGGAGCGGAGCAUAUGGCAAACAUCAUUAAGCACCAGGCCGUGAGGCGGCACAGUACGGCGUGGGUGGAGACUCUGCGCUACAGGAGGGCGGAGUUUGAAGCCAUGAGCGGACUGCGCAGAGUUACCCUGAACGACAACAUUCUGAUCGGAGACAGAGGAGUGACGGCACUCGCCCGUGAGCUCACAGAGGACCUGUGGGUCAAAGCGGUGGACCUGCAGCGCUGUGGCAUCUCUAAUGAAGGAGCUCAAGUUCUAGAGCAGAUGCUUCAGUCCAAUUCCACUCUGUGUGUGCUUGACAUCCGGAGAAACCCGCUGAUCGAUAAUAAUGUGGUGAAGUCAGUGCUUAAAAAAGUUCUCAUGAACACCAAAAGCCAUGACUCGCAGUAUCUUUGGCUUAAACCUCCUUCUUCUAAAGACACGGUUGAUCAAUCACGGCAGUUGAGGAGGAGGAACGCGGGGAAAGCUUCAUAUCGAAUCGGAUCUCGCCGGUCCUCAUCAGUAAGCUCUGUGUGGAGGCCUCCUCGGCCCGGGUCAGUGGGGUACGUCCCAUGGCGCACUGCUGCACGGGCGGGCUUACAGAGAGGUGCAUCACAGGCUGAUGGAGCGACAGACCAGAGAUUUCAAAACGCCACCUCUGUGAGGGUAACCGUGGAGACGGAGUCCGAGUCCGAGGAGGUGGAUGAUGCACAUGUACCGAGUCCUCAGGAGAAAAUCACAAGCUACCAGUUCAGAAGACUGCAGACGGAGAACAGCCGAUUACAGGUGGAGCUAGAAGAGUGUCGGCUGAGGCUGGCAGAGGAGAGGAACACCAGACUGAAAACCAACUCUCGUCUGGUGGAGCUGGAAUUGGAGAACGAGCGUUUGCGCAGUCUGAAUCAAUCCCUGUCUGAAGCCCAUCUCAACUCCUCUGUUCUAGAGGAUGAACAUGUGCUGGAAAGCAUCGAAUCCUCCUUCCACAAAUUCCACGCCUUCCUAGACCUGCUGAAAGAUGCUGGGCUGGGCCGGUUUGCGUCUAUGGCUGGAAUAGACCAAUCAGACUUUGGGGUUCUUGGGCAUCCUCAGCUCUCCUCAACAGAGAGGACACACUUCAGCCGAGAGAACCAGAGAAACCAGGAGAGGAGGGAGAGUUCAGCCAUGGCAGAGAUCCCUCAACCUGAAUCAAGGACCCAUUCAGAACCUCAUUUUAAUGCUGAAGACAUUCCCCAGCCUCAUUCCCAACAGGAAGUGCCUCUAAUUCCAGUCAGCUUGUGUGGUGCCUCCCAGACGUUACAGGAGCCGCUUGAGUUUGAGGCCCCGGAGCAGAGCCGACAGUCCUCGGACCCCUCGAGCCAUCAGGGAGCCAGUGGAGGCUCUCGCUCAGGAAGUUCAGUCAGCAGUGUCAGUCUUCAGUCCAAAGACUCAAAGUCCUCUCGGGCGAACGGAUCGGUGUGCUCGGCUCUGAACUCCAGAGCCUCUAGUCUGUCUCCGUUGGGUUCAGGCAGACAGAGCGCUUCAGGAAGCCAGAGAGGUGCUGCUGGACUGGUUGGGUUCUAGCUGGAGAGAGCUUGGCUAACGUAAAGACGUUUAAAUGUUUGUUACUGCUGUCAUCUCCACCUGUCCGGUAUAUAUUGAGACUGUGAACCACCUGUUCUAAUCCUGUUAUAUGUCUGUUUGAAAAGUUGCUGUGCUUCAUGACAUUCUAGGUUCAGGAUGUGGUUUAUUCACAGAUAUUAAUGUUGUUUAGUUUUAUAGACUGAAGUUUUAUUUAUAGAAUAUAUUUGCAGUUUAAUGACACUAACGUUAUUAUAUUAGACUUUUUGCUAAAUUGAUUGAUAUUUGUGAUUGAUGAAAACAGUGAAAUCAAAUUUGCCACCUGCUAAUUGUCAUGUUUUUUUCCAUGAAUAAUUUUUCAUUUGAAAAUAAACCCGUUUUUGUACAUACUGUA